UCUGCUAGUUCAGCAGUGUCUUUCUGGUCCUCCACGUACUUGCGGGUUGCCCGAAUAUUGUUUGGGAAAAGAAAAAAGGAGCACAUGAGAUAGAAAUCGACGACCCAAAGAAACGAUAAUUGUGCUUUUUCAUUUACCGCAUCAGCGAAUCGUUGGAGAAUUGCAGAAUUCCCUUCACGUUAGCCAGAAAAAUAAAAAUCUGUGGCAACGGUCGGGUCUUGACGAAUCUCGGAGAAAUAUCACACCGAUGAGAAAGAUUUCCAACGAACAGUCUCGGCUGAAAUAAUAAAGAAAAAUCGUAUCAGCGAUAAAAGAAAUACAAUAAAAAUAAAAACAAGCCAUGAUCUGCUGCUGGCGAGUAAAACCCUAGUCGCUUAUUCGACAAAAAGUCCGAGUCCUCCGAAACGGCGGCUCGGAGCGUCGAAAGCAUCGACCAGUUUGGCCGUUUCUAGGGUUUCCGCGAGGAAGCCAAAUUCGACAAAUUAAAGGCACGCCGAGCACCGUCUGCGGAGACAGUUUCUUAGGAUGGAUCACGGCGACAGCGCGAACGAGGGCGAAAGCUCGGUGGACACCGUCAUUGCCCGGUCGUCGCUCGAGGAAGAGGAUCCAAAGGAGGAACCGGAACGAGCGUCGACGGAUCGCGUUGCCGUCGCGGGGGAGAGUAACUCGAGUCUGGAUACAGUGGCGAGCAAGGAUGAGAAGAAACGCGGCCGUUUUGGCGCCCUGAAAAAGAGCUUUCGGAAGGAUGGGGGUCUUUUCAAAAUCAAGAAAAAAUCACCAGGGGAUCGCACUUUCGGCCGAGGCUCCGACGCCUCGCUCCCGGAGCUCGCACUCAGAGACGAAGACGGUCCCAAAGGGGGCGUGCGAAAGAAAGUGGAAAAAUUGAAGAAAGAGAAGAAGUCUAAUUCACUCGUCCGUAAGCUCAGUUUGAACAAGUUCAAAUUAUCGGGAUCGGAACAGGAAACGAGACGCACACCGGAAGGUGGGGACAGAAGCCGUUCGCAGAGCCAAUCGUCCCAAGAGUCUCAGAGCCAAUCGGACAGCCCUUGCAAGCUGGGCGUCACCCUGCGGAAGGGGGCCGGAGACUUGGAAAAGGAAAAUAUCGAAAAGGAAAGGCUUGUCGCCGAGGGACACCUCCGAGAGGAGGGAGAGCAGAGAUCGAAGAAGCCGACGCGAUCGACGAGGCUCGAUAGCCUGGAGAAACCUGUAAGCACCGUCACGGUUGUGCAGCGCAGGUCACCGUCUCUGACCAUUAGAAGCAUACCGAAUCGAGAAGUAUUGACGAAAAUUUACGCAGAAACGCAGAGCGCCGAAAAAGUGACACAAACGAGCGACUCACCCGAGAAAACCCAUCGCGUGGUUUCAACACUCCCCUACGCAAUAUCGAAAUGGUCCGAUGGUCCAGAGUACGGGAAUCCUGAGAUCCGGAGACCGAAGCUGUCCCUAAAAUCAGACUCCGAAUCGGCGAUACAUCCCGCGAAAACUCCACCGCUUGAGCUUCGCCGCAAGUUGUCGCUCCUCGAUGAGAAGCGAGCAGUUUUUCGACGCCGAAGGUUCGACACUUCCGAAGAAUCAUCUGCGGACACGGUAAUUCCGGCGAGAAGUCAGAUCGAUUCGAAGGCUCAGACUUUCACUGGGAAUAUCCGGGGCCCAGCGCGGCACAUAAGCGUGCAAAAGUUCGACACCUUUUCAACCUUCGAAGGAACAUUCGACGAGGAAACCGGCCUGGGAUAUCUCCAAGGAAUCGAAGAGGAUCGCGCGGAGAACUUCGAUCAACAAGUCACGGGACGCGCGAGUCUCAGGACGAUGAGCAACGCGCCGACGAUCGCGGACAUAAUGGAUAAAUCUCGAUCGACUAGUCAAGAAAGCGCGACAUCUCAGAACAGUGGACCGACCGCGGGUGUUGGUGAAAAGCGGGAACACCUGUACAAAAUACUCGUGAUAGGUGAACUGGGCGCAGGCAAGACCUCCAUUAUAAAAAGAUACGUUCAUCAAUUCUUUUCUCAGCACUACAGAGCCACCAUAGGGGUGGACUUUGCCCUAAAGGUUCUCAACUGGGACCAGCAUACAAUAAUAAGGCUACAGCUCUGGGACAUCGCAGGUCAGGAGAGAUUUGGAAACAUGACGAGGGUCUACUACAAAGAGGCGGUAGGUGCUUUCAUAGUUUUCGACGUAACGAGAAGCGCCACCCUCGACGCGGUAGUCAAGUGGAAACAGGACCUGGAUUCAAAGGUCCAGCUCCCCGAUGGGUCAGCCAUUCCAUGUGUUCUUUUGGCCAAUAAAUGUGACCAGCAAAAGGAAGGCCUCGUCAAUUCUCCGAAUAAAAUGGACGAGUAUUGUAAAGAUAAAAACUUUUCUGGCUGGUUUGAGACCUCGGCGAAGGAAAACAUUAACAUUGAGGAGGCGGCGAGGUUUCUCGUCAACAAGAUUCUUCAGAACGAUCAAAUCAUAAAGGGAAACGGUGCGCAAGAGCAAUCAGACGGCGAAAGAUUCGCUCUGAAUCAGUCACCGACCAACACAAAGAAGUCCUGCUCCUGCUGACAUCAUUUUUCACGUCUAAGGCACUACGCCGCCAGGACAGUCCUGCACUUACUUUGACCAAUUGAAAGAAAUUAAGCACGCCCGCUGUUUUUACGACAAGGUUCACCCUGCGGACUUCAAGCCACUCGAAGACUUAGGUUUCAGGGCUACGCGAACCAAAACUCUACCGCAAAGUCGCCCAUUCAUUCAUUAAUCCAUCCAGUCGCAGACCGUCUCACGAAGUGUCGCGACGCAUUUAUUCCUCCCACAUCUGCACACCUCCUAAUACACGGACUCGCAAUAUAGUGAUAACUUGGCGUAAACAUUCCUCUCAGUGUGUAAAUUUGUUACUUUCCCGCACGUGAGUAUCGUUUUUAUUGCACGCAUAUUUACAUCACGAUCAUCCGAGUAAUUUAUUAAAUUACUUAAUUACUAUUGAAUAAGCGUUGAAAAUUGAAAGAAAUUAAAUGAAAUAAAAUUACGAAAUGCCUUAAAGUUCGGUAGAAUUUUUAAUCACAUAUUGUAUUUUAUGUAUAGCGAUUAUAUUCGAUAAUUCUCUUUGAGUAAGUUCCUUUCUCGCGUAAGUUACCCGUAAGUACGUACCGAACAUUUUUAUCGAAUAAAGUAUAAUCAUGGGUAUUGAUAAGCUGUACUAAAGAAAAGUGCCAUUUCAUUUGAAUAAAAUUCAAACGCCGUUGUACGUAACACGUAAACACACGCAAGGUUGCAUAAGUACGUAUUAUACAUUGAUGUAUCGCCUCUGAUAACUUUCAAGACCUGUUUCGCUUCAAAUACGUUAAUCCGAAAA